CAUCCGGUUGUAGCUGACGAGGCGUUAACAGCACCGUCUAUCAACUUAUAACCAUAUAAAUUUAUAACGUUAGUUACUUCAGCUCCACAUCGGGCGUGCGCGUUUGACGUAUUGCUUAAAACCGCCCACGCGAGAUGCCCUCGCACUUUAAAACAAGCUUUCCUCUUGUGGAAUAUAAACACGCCCCCCCUAAAAAACUAACAGUCUUGCCUUCAGAAUAAAAUCCACACAUUGUCCUUAAAACUAUCCUCGAUUGACGAAAAUACAGUUCAGAAACUUUUUUCAUUUUAUUUUGGAAUUCACCCGGAAACAGAUGCGGAGUUUGGUGGGUAAGUUGCAGCCAGGCUCACCUCUGCGUGACUCUGCGGUGCCGUCGGUGAACACGACGAAGAAGAAGAAGGAGAAGAAUUAGAAAGAAAGAACAGCGGCCGGUGAAGUCAUGUUCCGCCUCCUCAGCUGCCAAGGGAAGGCGACGCGGUGCUGCCUGGUGGCGCCGCGCCGCCUCCAGCACCGCGGCGCCGUCAUGGCCAUCCGGCGCGAGGACAUCAACCCGUGGGAGAGGCGGGCGCCGCUCGCCCCCAAACACGUCAAGGAGCUCACGGCCGCCGGCGUCAAGGUCCUGCUGCAGCCGUCCAACCGCAGGGCCAUCCACGAGAAGGACUACAUCAGGGCGGGGGCCGUCCUCCAGGAGGACCUAUCAGAGGCCUCGCUGAUCCUCGGGGUCAAGAGGCCUCCGGAGGACAAGAUCAUCCCCCAGAAGACCUACGCCUUCUUCUCCCACACCAUCAAGGCCCAGGAGGCCAACAUGGGGCUGCUGGACGACCUGCUGAAGAAGGACGUUCGUCUGAUCGACUACGAGAAGAUGGUCGACGCCAACGGCUUCCGGAUCGUAGCGUUCGGCCACUGGGCCGGGAUCGCAGGAAUGAUUAACAUCCUUCACGGGUUGGGGCUUCGCUUCCUCGCCCUCGGCCACCACACGCCCUUCAUGCACAUCGGCAUGGCUCACAACUACAGGAACGUGAGCCAGGCCAUCCAGGCAGUGAGGGAUUGUGGGUAUGUGAUCUCCAUGGGGCUCAUGCCCAAAUCCAUCGGCCCCGUGACGUUUUGUUUCACCGGCACCGGCAAUGUCUCCAAGGGAGCCCAAGACAUCCUCAACGAGCUUCCUGUCGAGUACGUCGAGCCCCACGAGUUGAAGGACGUCUCUGAAACAGGAGAUAUGACCAAAAUGUACGCCACCGUCCUGAGCCGACAUCACCACCUGAUGAGGAAGAGCGACGGCUUCUACGACCCCAUGGAGUACGAGGACCACCCGGAGCUUUACACCUCGCACUUCAGGACCAGCGUGGCGCCCUACACGACCUGUCUGAUCAAUUGCAUUUACUGGGACCCCCAAACCCCCCGACUGCUCAGACGACUGGACGCCCAGAAGCUGAUGCGGCCCAAGACCUCCCCCUCGGCCACCGAGGGAUCCCCGGGGCUGCCCCACAAACUGCUGGCCAUCUGUGACAUAUCGGCCGACACCGGCGGCUCCAUCGACUUCAUGAACGAGUGCACCACCAUCGAUAAGCCCUUCUGCAUGUACGACGCCGACCAGCACGUCGACCACGACAGCGUGGAGGGCAACGGGAUCCUCAUGUGCUCCAUCGACAACCUCCCAGCUCAGCUGCCCGUCGGGGCCACGGAGUACUUUGGGGACCGGCUGUUCCCCUACCUGUGGGAGAUGCUGCCUUCAGACGCCACCAGGCCGCUGGACCAGGAGGACUUCAGCCCCCAAGUCAGAGACGCCGUCAUCACGUCCAACGGAGUCCUCACCCCGAAGUUCGAAUACAUCGAGAAACAUCGAAAGAGAAGAGAGAAGGCUCAGAUCAUGAAGAAGGCCGGGAUGAAGCGCGUCCUGCUGCUGGGUUCGGGCUACGUCUCCGGACCCAUCGUGGAGUACUUGACCCGCGACGAGAAGACCCAGGUCACCGUGGCCUCGGUGCUGCUGAAGCAGGCGGAGGAGCUGGCGGCCAAAUACCCCAACACCAUCCCCAUCAUGCUGGACGUCAGCAGCCAGGAGGGACACCUGGACUCUCUGGUCAAAGACCACGACCUGGUCAUCAGCAUGCUGCCAUACACGCUCCACCCGCUCAUCGCCAAGCACUGCAUCCACAGGAAGGUGAACAUGGUGACGGCCAGCUACAUGAGCCCGGCCAUGAAGGAGCUGCAGAGCAGUGCGGUGGCGGCCGGCGUCACCAUAGUGAACGAGAUGGGCCUGGACCCGGGGAUCGAUCACAUGCUCGCCAUGGAGUGUAUCGACAAGGCCAAAGCCGACGGCUGCAUCGUGGAGUCCUACAGCUCGUUCUGCGGUGGACUUCCGGCUCCAGAAUGUUCCGACAAUCCUCUCCGCUACAAGUUCAGCUGGAGUCCGUACGGCGUGCUCCUCAACACCAUCAGUACCGCCGUCUUCCUCCGGGACAACCAGGUGGUGAGCAUCCCGGGCGGCGGCGCCCUGAUGGAGUCCAGCACGCCGAUGGAUUUCUUUCCCGGUUUCAACCUGGAGGGUUUUCCAAACCGCGACAGCACCAAGUACGCCGAGGCCUACGGCAUCCAGACGGCACACACACUCAUCAGAGGAACGCUGCGCUUCAAGGGAUUCUCCAAGGCCAUGAGUGGCUUCAUCAAACUGGGUCUGAUCAACAGCGACCCCUGUCCCAUCCUCAAGCCCAACGCAGCCCCCGUCUCCUGGAAAGCGCUCCUCUGUGAGCAGAUGGGAGCGUCCUCUUCCCUUUCCCACGAGGCCUUUGAAGAAGCCGUCUACCAACGCAUCGGAGGGGACGACUUCGUGAUGGACUCCCUGAGAUGGUUCGGGAUGCUGAGCGACGAGGCGGCGGUUCACGCCGACAGCGUUCUGGCCGCUCUGGCCAAACACCUGGAGGCCAGACUGUCUUUCGAUAAGUUGGAGCGGGACAUGAUCCUCAUGAGGAACGACGUUGGUCUUCGCCACCCGACCGGCGAGCUGGAGACCAAACACAUCAGCCUGGUGGUGUAUGGCGACCCCAGCGGCUUCUCCGCCAUGGCUAAAACUGUGGGAUACCCAGCAGCCAUUGCUGCCCGCAUGGUCCUCGAUGGUGAAAUCCUCACAAAGGGACUCGUGGUUCCGAUGACGAAGGAUAUCUACGGGCCGGCGCUGGCCUGCCUGAAGGAGGAAGGACUUCACUUCAUGUACAAGAGCACCCUGCAGGAGUAAACCAGGUCAAAUCCCCAGGACUCAGCUAUUAUUGUCUGACAUUAAUUGUUAUAAUAAUUUGGUCUUGAAGCUAAAUUGUAGGUCAAAAGCUGUAAAGAAACAACAAAGGCAGCAGUUCAGAUGAUAUUCGGUAAUCUGCGGUUUAAUAUUAACAUUCUGACUUUGUCGACUGUGUCAGAGAAACGUUCUUCUGUGAAGAUGUGUAGAAGCUCUAACGAUGAAACGCCAUGUUCGGCGUUAGAAAUUUAAACUAUUAACGAGCACAAAUAUUGUCUCAUUGUAAAACUACUGUAGAAACAUCCUGGUAAACUAUUCCUGGAGAAUAGAUGGUCAAUUAUGUGCAGCUAAUGUAGGUUUCUCUCGUCAGUCUGCGUAGCUAACGGAAGUUUCUCUCGUCAGUCUGCGCAGCUAACGUAGGUUUCUCUCGUCAGUCUGCGCAGCUAACGGAAGUUUCUCUCGUCAGUCUGCGCAGCUAACGGAAGUUUCUCUCGUCAGUCUGCGCAGCUAACGUAGGUUUCUCUCGUCAGUCUGCGCAGCUAACGGAAGUUUCUCUCGUCAGUUUGUGCAGCUAACGUAAGUUUCUCUCGUCAGUUUGUGCAGCUCACGUAAGUUUCUCUCGUCAGUCUGUGCAGCUAACGGAAGUUUCUCUCGUCAGUUUGUGCAGCUGACGUAAGUUUCUCUCGUCAGUCUGUGCAGCUAACGGAAGUUUCUCUCGUCAGUCUGUGCAGCUAACGGGAGUUUGUCUGGCACAGAUGAGUCAAUCAUGAAUCUGCAAGGUUUUUAAUCUAAAACAGUGUAAGUGCAAAGAUGCCGAACGUCUUUUCCUUUUCUCCCUCCAUCACUUUGAAAACAGCAUUUCAUUUCUGCUUUGAUUAAGAAAACACUUACAAAUCAAGCUCAAUACUGCACCGACCUUCAAAGUGUAAUAACCUUCAACAAAAGAAACCUCACCUUAGUUACAAACUUGCUUCUCACAUUUCUUCAAAGCCGUGAUAGAAACAAACCGGUCCAACAUCAGAACCAUAGAAUACCGUGAACCUUUUCUCAGGGUAUUGUGUCGCUGAAGGAAGUCGUCCACUGUUCUUGAAGCCGAGAGCGGUCGGGAAUUGUUUUCAUCUUUUUUGAACGGGAUCAUGAGUUAAUCAUUUUAUUUUUGUUGGUCAGAAUUGAUCUUUUCUGGGGUUUGCGCAACAUUUAAUACGAUUGCCUCAGUUUCAAUACCUCAAACAUGUACUAUAAUACUAAAUAUUUGUCAUGCACUUUAAAUAAAGAACUCAAAUGUUUAAAAGUAUUAGUCAGUGUCUGAUGAUCAGCAAUCAUCAGUUUUUAUUCAGCUUUUCAAGGUGUAGGAUUAAAAAAUGUCAAAAGUCUCCGAUACCAACUUGUCUUGUUUGUCUGUGGAGCUAACGCUAGUUUGUCUCGUUUGCCUGUGCAGCUAACGUUAGUUUGUCUCGUUUGCCUGUGCAGCUAACGUUAGUUUGUCUUGUUUGCCUGUGAAGCUAACGUUAGUUUGUCUUGUUUGCCUGUGCAGCUAACGUUAGUUUGUCUUGUUUGCCUGUGCAGCUAACGUUAGUUUGUCUCGUUUGCCUGUGGAGCUAACGUUAGUUUGUCUCGUGUUUUUGUCCAGCUAAUGUUAGUUUGUCUAGUUUUUCUUUCCAGCUAACGUUAGUUUGUCUAGUCGGUCUGUCCAGCUAAAUCUAGUUUGUCUUGCCGAUGUGUGCAGCUAACGUUAGUUUUUCUGGUUUGCCUCUGCAGCUAACUUUAGUUUGUCUUGCCGAUGUGUGCAGCUAACGUUAGUUUUUCUGGUCUACUUCUGCAGCUAACGCUAGUUUGUCUUGCCGGUUACUUUGGAAUAGUAUCGCGUUGUUUUAUCUCGUGGGCUAAAUUUGACUGAGAAGUUGAUUUAAAAAAUUGGGAUUUUAACAAUGGAGUCAACAAAUUUCAGCUGAUUACAUUCACGUAAAUAAGAAACUAAAUUUAAGUAAAUGAUAAUACUUUUAAAAUAAUUAUUUAUCAUAAUUGAAUGCAAACGUCAUGUGGGUCACUGCCCUCGAUAAUUUCGAUGGCAAUAUUAUUUAGAAAGUUCUCAAUGUCACAUUUUCUUUGUUUAAUGUUAUUAACUCAUGAUCUUGAUUCGGUAGCUCGGUCCUCGGCGUGCGUCAACGUUUUUUAUUUGGUUUCCCAGACUGUAAUAUUUAUUGUCAAGAGCAAUAUUUAUUGUAUUUUUUCAUGAGGGGGGGGGGGGGGCGGUCACCUUUUUAACGGUUUGUAAAAUGCUUUAAAAAAAGAAAAUACCCAGAGAAAUAUUUUAUAAGUAUCAGAUAUAUUUUUUAAAGUAAUUGCAUUCAUAUGUCGUUUAUUCGUGGGCCUCCAGAGGGUUUCAGACGGGAGCGUUUGAUAUGUUGAUAUGUUUGUAGAUUUGCAUCUGAACGGCACAAAGACGCUCACGAUCAAAGUUAUGGUUUUAUUUACCUCCAAGCAAAUCUGUAAUGUUUCGUCCUUCAUGUUUUAGCCAUUCACGACAAAACUCUCAUGUUUGUAAAAGCUUGUUUUGAUAUCUAAAAAUGUUUUUAAAAGUGACAUGAAUAAAAAUAAUUCUUUAAUUCGUU